AUGGAUUUAUCAAUUAUAAUUGGAAUUGCCAUUCCAAUUAUAUGUACAAUCUUAACGAUUUUCUUAUUUUGGUACUUUGGAGCCUUUUACUUACCUUGGUAUAUUCCAUCUAUCCUCUUUCUCGCAUUAUUAGUAGCCAUUUUCCAAGUUUUUGGUAUUCUCCCAUUAGACGCAAGCUGGGUACUAUUUGGAUCGGAUCCAACAAAAAUUCCUAAAGGAUUAUUGAAUGUUAUUUCAAAAUCUUAUAGUCCCUUAUAUUGGAUUUCAUUUGUAUUAGGUUGGGUUGUCACUCCUACAAUCACAAGCUUCUAUACAUACAAUUACGGUCUGACAUGGGGUUCAAAAAUUUGGUAUGCCAUCAGAUACAACAUCUACUGGUACUUGUGGGCCGCAUUUCUUGUAUUCAUCGGUCUCGGAAUCCUCAUUGUUACUAAAACACUUACUUUCGGUAUGCUACCUAUAUUAUUGAAGGCUUUAUCUACGGCAUACGGCUUAAUCCUUAUUUGUCUCCUUCUCGGCCAUGGAUUCAUCGCGCUCCCAAUUCGAUUGUGGAGAUUUGCUAACGUCGAAGUCAAAAAGAAAUACCAUCUCUUUGAAGUUGCCAUGGUUAGUCGUAAUGCGGCUCAAGCAAUUUAUGAUGCAAGAUCUAUUAUAGAAAUACUCGAAACAGCUCCAAGCAAAGCUGUCAGACUAUACGCCCAACUCUUUGAGAAGAAUCUUAAGCCAAGUGUUGAAACAAUGAGAUAUUUCUUAAAUCUUAACCUUCUUCCAGAGCAAAGACACUACACAGGCCUUAAAUUAGGCAAACAUGCACAAAAAAUCAAGGAUGUCAAGUUUAAUAUCGCACUCAGAUCAGAUUUAGAAGAUGUUUUAUAUCAUACCGACGAAAUUACAAAAGCUCUGUCAUCAGCUUGUGUUGAACUGUUUACAGAAGCCAAAACUGCCAACAGUUGCAUCAAGGCUCUUAACAGUAAAACGAGAUCAACGACAAGAAUAAUUUUCUUACGUUUACUAUCAAUUAUUACUGCAUUGUUUAGCGCAGCAUACCUUUGGGGCGAGCUUACAAUCUCGUUCAAGCCAAAAUAUUCUCCUUUCUACCAACUCUGCCAUAUCAAAGUUCCUAAAUGGAUUUCAGAGCUUUUCAUUACAUUCCCUAUUUUGUUGAUUCUCUGUACCUUUGGAACAUGGUCGUUAACAAAAGUUCGCCUCGGAUCUUAUUUCAAAUUUAUUCCACAUGGAACUAACGAUUUGACCUUUUACUUCUUUGUGGUAAUCCUUGGCCGUCUUGCUCCAACAAUUGGCUACCAUUAUCUCAUGCAAGUUGGCGGAGAAGAUUCACCAACUUAUCAAUUCAUGAAUGAUAUCAAGACAAUCAAAGUUCUUGGUGACUGUUGGAAAUUUGCUGCUCCUAUUAUCAUGCUUCUUACUUCUAUCCUUGUUAUGUUCCGUAUUUGGGACAGAUUGAUGCAUUCCCUCGGAGUCAAGAGAUUUACAUUCGAUAAUGAUCUGUCUCUGUUCAACGACUCAACAAUUCGUGAAGGGGAAUCAAUUCUCGAAGCAAUGAAUGUAGACUUUGAUCAGCCAAUUAACGGUAGAAGACAGACAAAGAGAACAGCUACAACAAUGGACAACUCAUUACUUGAUAAUGAGAUGCCAAAUUAUGGAUGGUAA